AUGUCGCGUGAGCCCACCAUCCCACGCAAAGGCAUCUCAGAACCCAGCGUGGCAGUCCAUCGCCCAUCAUAUACAGAACCAUCUUCCUCUUCAUCGCAACAGCAUCCAGAGAUACAAAGCCAACAACAAAAUCAAGAUGACGAGCAAACGAACGAACCCCCGCCCUAUUCCGGACCAACUUCUUCAGCAAUGACCCGCGCGCCGGCACCACAACCACAACCGACAUAUCCUGGCCUACCACGUCUCAAUUACUCCCUCUACACACCUCCAACAUUCACACUGUCCGACGACCAGAAAACACUAACAUCCUACUCCCCCGAACUCUCCAUCUACCCCACCAAAUUGAUCUCUCUCAUCCAAUCCCUCGCCACCGUACCGCCAAAGCCGCAAAUCCGAAUUAUUGGGAAGAGUUCCAAUGGUGAAGUUGACUUCGAUGUCAGGUUGAACCUGAUGAAUCUGAUUGUCCCGGAAGAGGGAAAAGCUGGAAGUGGGAGGAUGAAUUAUGUCAAGGUUAUUGGAAAGGGCGAGAUGGGGUUUAGAGGGGAGGGUAAAGAGGCAUUGGUACCGGAUUUGAGGAGUCUUGAGGAAUGGGCGAGGAGGUAUUGUGAAGAUCAAAAUUCGAUUAAACGCUUUGUCCUUGAUCGGACAGUUAUCAACUGGGACACAUCCUACCUCGAAGGGCGCCUCCUCUCGCUCAUCUCGAGCACAUCAUACCGCGGUCACGUCACUCUCUCAUUCCCACUCACACACAGUCGUGUAGUUGUCCACUCCCCAGAUAAAGUCAACCGCUUCUUCUCCGAUGUCACCAAGCUCUUUACGGGAACUAAGAAGUACGAAGUUGUAAAGAGCGUAUGGCCUUAUGCUGAUAUAGCUAGGGGUGAAAAUGGGGGUGUAGGGAGGAGAUGCGCUGUCCAGGAAGAAGAGGUUUGGUUUGCUGACUGGCGAGAUGCUAUUCGACAUGCUAUUGUGGCGAAGAGGAAGGGAUGGGUUACGGUCGAGGAUCGAUUAGAAUUUUUGAUGGAGCCAAAGCCGGGCGAGGUUGGGAAGCCGGCUGAUUGGGGGAGCUUUUAG